AUGGACUUCCUUCAAGAUCUUGACAUAGACGGUUCUGAGUAUCAGUUCAUGUUUCAAACACCAGAUAACAACGCGCUAUCUACAGUGGCUGGAUCAGUGGAUGGAUCAUACAGCAAUACCUAUCCGUUGCUUGAUGGACAUGAGAAUCUCCACCCAGAAACGCUUGGGCUCAGUGGAGAUAUGGAUCCUUAUCUUCUCCAACGAUACCAAUCAGAUGAGCACGGCACAUUCAAGUUCAAACAGCUUGCAAUACGAUCAGUGAACAGCAACACACCUGUUCAGUUUCUCAUCUCGCAACCAUCGCUGUUUACUCAAAGUCGCAAAGAGGUCGGACACACUGGCGCGUUAAUAUCGUCACAAAGAGCGGAGCUUGAGAAGGCGGUCUCCCCAAAUAUGGGCAAGCGAUUGAUAAGCCUUUACAACAGAUUCAUCGCGCCGCAUUACCCAGUAUUCUCAACGGAGUCCCCUCAUAACCCGGCAACGAGUGCGCCUUGUCUGCUGGCAGCUAUCUACUCAAUCGCCCUCCCCUUCGCCAUGUACGACGACCAACUCUGCAUCGAUAUGGCCUAUGACUCACCUGAUGCUGAAGACCUAGCCCAUCUCAUUAAUACAGCUGUUGCUUUCGACAUUCACUCGCCAAAUAUCGCCACCGUCCAGACUCUAUUCCUCCUAAUCACUCGACCUUCUUCAAACCCUCUUGUGUCAGAUGCAUCGUAUCGAUGGACAACCAUGGGGACGCUGGUAUCAGCAGCUACAAAUAUCGGCCUUCAUCUUGAUCCCUCCCUUUGGAAUGUUCCGCCGGCUCAAAUAGCUGCUAGACGCAGACUGUCCUUUUUCGUCUUCGCGAUGGAUCAGUGGUUAGCAGCCGCUUUGGGAAGGCCACCUCAUAUUAGUCGUGCUAACUGGCUCAUUGAUGAAUUAUCAACUCAAGAUGAGCUUUCAUCUGGCCUUGAUGCAUCGCAGUGGGCCAAUAUAAUGGCCUUCUCAGCUCUCACAUCCUGUCUCACUAAUACUCUUGACAGGCUUUAUUCUCUUCGAUCAUUCAGUCAAAUCCACAGGCCAGAAGAGCUUCAAACAACCGUGCUUGAGCUUUCAGGAUCUUUGGGACGAAUAAAACCCGACUGGAUAAGCUCAACAGAUCCCAAUAACGACAACUCGGUGCCUGGAAUGGCCAUCAAGCUUGGCUACUAUUACACACAACUACUGAUCCUACGCGUGGCCGUGCACACCCAGAAUUCUCACCUUUCAGCAACCAGCACUUCAGAUCAAUGGUCCCCACGCGAUAUCCUGAAGACAGUUCUAGAACAAUAUUCUGACUUUCUCAAAACUCUCAAAAGCGACGAAACAGCAGAACAUUGGCCUCCUUGGUGCCAAAGUGCCUUCUCGUCGCUUUGCUUCGCCAUGUUAUUCAUGUUUGUCUCAGCCACUACCUACGAAGAAGCUCUUUCGUCCAUGGAGCUUCUUCAAACGACACGGAAGCAAAUGCGUCUUAAGGCCAAUGCAUUUGUAGUUAUGCGAUUAGGCCUAUUGAGGAUGGAUGCCAUAUUUUGGCGAGGCGUCGACCAAGUUCUCAAAUUGGACCCGCAUGUGAAGCUUGCGUUGGACGCAUCAAAGCAGGGAACAUAG